GUUUCUUUCACCAUUGCAUUGUCUCAAACUUCAAGUAGGGUUAUUUGUUGGCCAUUAUCUCACAAUGUGGGGUAUGUGCAUGCUCUUCCAUUAAGCUUCCUAAUCCUUGAAAAAAUAUGUAUAGGACAAUACCAUGUGAUCCCUUGUCCUUCACUUGACCCUAUCACAGCUCACCAAAUUACAUUCACUGAUUAAUUGGUUUGUAGAGGCCCUUAGAAACUAUAUAUACAUUAUUCCUUGGAUUCUCAAAUCAACAUAAAUCUUUUGCAUUCUGAAUUAUAAGAAUUCAAAUAUUUCUUUCUCAUCCAAUCCUCUGCCAUCAUCAGUAUCUUUUUGUGAGGAGCCAUACAUAAUAAAAACAAUGGGUUUCCGCAUAGCAAAGCUUAUCAGAAUGCCAUCAUUUUCCAAAACACAAGAGACUGCCAAGGGACUUGAAGUCCCAAAAGGCUAUCUCGCAGUCUAUGUUGGAGAUAGAAUGAGGCGGUUCGUGAUUCCAGUAUCAUAUUUGAGCCAGCCAUCGUUUCAAGAAUUACUAAAUCAAUCAGAAGAAGAAUUUGGAUAUGAUCAUCCAAUGGGUGGUCUUACAAUUCCUUGCGGUGAAGAUGCUUUCUUACAACUCACUUCUCGCUUAAGUGAUUUGUAAAUCAUGCUAAUGGAGAUUAAGAUAGAUUUUUAUUUUUUUUGGAUACAGAUUAAGAUAGAUUAGUUGAGGCUAAUUUGCUCAGAUGACAAUUUUUUCUGUUAUUAAUAUUUUUUUUCAUUUUGUUUCUUCCAUGUAUCAAUCAUUCCUACGGAAACAAAAUGUUCCCUCAAUGAUAAUGUUAUCACAACUCUUCAAUUAUUUUUA